UCAGGUUACAACAGUUGUCGUUGGCGUGUCGUCGGUUUCAGAGCGUUUCGAAAACUCAAUUUCUGCUCUAAGUCGCAGUUAACACUGAAUCCAAAUAACUAUCUAGCGCGCGUGAACAAAUUCAUUCACCAUUUUGUGCAUUUAGUGUGAGAUAUAACUAAAAAGCUAACCCAAAACAUUUGGCUGCACUUGUGUUCCGCACCUCUCUGCAAAAAAACUCAACGAAAAUUUGAAAAAUGUCGAGAACGGAUACGCAUACAACAGACUCAGAAAAAUGAGUUACUUGCGAUCGAUAGAAAUCUCACGCGUCGAAAUGUCGCCCGCUGAUGAUAACUCAUUUGCCACAAGCCAUGGCAACAAAAAGGCCACCUACACGCUGAUAUGCAUCAAAAUUGUGGAGCUGUGCCUGCUUAUAUGCUGCCUGGGCCUGAUCGACGAGCCGGCCACCAACUCCCACCUGCGGGUGUUCAUUACGCCCCGAGUGAUGGCCCUUUGCUAUGUGACCUUUGGUGCCCUGACUAUUUACACGGCGAUCUACCUGAUAAUGGCUCUCUUUGGCGAUCUGACACCCUGGCGCACGGCUACAUUGUGGUCCCUGGUGGGCUUCGUCAUGUUUGUGGCCGUGACCGCUCUGCUCUUCCGGGAUUGGUCCACAACCAAGGACCGCAACUACUGGCACCCGAAUAUGCAUCGUCUGGACCUCGUGAUGGCUUCCGCCUCGAUUGCCUUGGUCACCUCGCUGGUCUUCCUGCUGGACAUUCUCCUCACCAUCCGCUUCGGCGUUCACGGCGAUCUUGAAUGACCUGGACCUGGAUGACGAGAAGUUUGGCGAGAAAGAGGCAUCCACUCGAUUCUCUCUUAAUCGUGGAACCGUAAUAUUUAUGGCUCCAACUUAGUCGUUAGAACCCCGUCACAUCCCCGUCUCCCAGCUAAUUAUAAUCCCAAGAAAAACACACAUAUGAAUUGCCAUCAUCGAAUCGAAAAUGUACAAAAACGACGUCCGAGAAGGUUUAAAGUUCUUUACGCAUCGGCUGCCCUGUUUUGUUUUUUUAUAAGCCUUAUACAUCGAGCAUCACGAACGUUUUAUCUAAUCCAAUUAAUAUGUAAGAUCCAACAAAUAAAUUUUGUACAAGCGAGUAUUUUCACAAACAAAAAGUUAACUUUCUAAUUACUAUUGAAACUUUCGAAAUGAAAAAUAUAUAUUUUUUAAUGUAUAAUCCAUAA